CUCUUGUCUGCCUGAUUACUCUGACUCCUUUCGGUCUGGCUUCGUGCACACACAGACCGGAGGGCCCCAUGCAUGGCCAGCCUGACAGACACGAAGAAUUGGGAUGAAAAAUCCUCGUAGGCGCUGCUGAUGUGUUCGCUUACAGCGUUGGUCGCACCCAGCCUGAUGGCAUAAAAGCUGUUCUCUGUCAGCUGCCCAAAUCGCAAAGUCGCCCCCCUCAUCGCAUCCAUCGAGUCACUGAGGUCAAUCGGCCGCUCAGACAGCAGCCCCCCCGUGUCUCUGGCCGUCGCAGCAUCCAGCUUCUCUACCAGCAGCUUGGUCGACGGGACCACCAUGCCGUCUCGUGUGGAGUCGCCGCGCUGUGGGCUGCGGUUCCUUAUCCAGUCGUCACAAUCGAGGAUCUGGUUGCGGACAUCAGGAUGGAGCGAGACAUGGAUGUGUGGAUGUGAGGUCUCUUUGUGACUGCCGCUUGCCUGCAUGACGAGUGCGAGGACCUGCGGCCUUGUCUUCUCGAACUGAGAGAUCGUGCCUACAAAAAAGGAGCGGAAGACCUUUGGCCAUAGCACAUUGAGUCGGUAUGUGAUCCCACAUAUGAAGGAGUGUGGGUCGUUGGACGCGACCUUCUCCAGCUGCAAGUCCUCACCCGGUGCAGCUGCCGACAGCGCAGUGACAGAACAGAUGCCCAAUAUGUGUCUCAAUCCCUCCUUCCAGAUGGAUGCUCACUUUCUCCCAGCAAUGGAAGCAGGUCAGCGUGUCCCAGUUCCAUGGCUAUGCUGUACGGGUCCAACCGAUAACUCUGGAGCAGGCAGACAUAAACGCAUGAUCGAGAAACCUUUUCUUGCUCCUUUUGUUGUUGGCGCACCUCUGCGUCCUGUGGGAAGGCGUUCAACGCCGUCAACAGCUGAAACAAGACAGAAAGGGAUGCCCCAUUUAUUGUCAGCCGGCAUAUACCCGUCUAGGCAGCCACCUUGGUGACAGCGAUGGUUCCACCGAGGCAGGCCCGCUGCAGCGCCUGAAGCCCGUACUGAUCAAUGACAUGGAAGGCCGCGCUGUCGUGGGUGAGGAAGACAUUGACGCACUCGGCGUGGUUCUGGCUGAUAGCACACGACAGGGGGAUGUUCUUGUCGUUGUCCUGGACGUCCACACUUGCACCAGCAUCCAACAACGCCUGCACACAUCCACGACAGGACGCACGUACGAUCCAGUGACGUCUACUGCUUCGACUCAGCGACCGACCUGGCAGGCCUUGGCGCGUCCCUUGUAUGCCGCUCUGUGUAAAGCCGUCUGCCCCCUUUCAUUGAUGGCAUUGACCUGGCAGAGCGGCUUGGCCUUGAUGGCCGCCACCACACUGGCAGCACUGCCCCGAGACGAGUGAGAACUCGACGCAGAGGAGCGGCUGCCCGGGCGAGGCUGGCGGCUGGGGGAACGGCCGGGGGAAAGCGGCGAUACGGGACUCGUCUGCAGCAGCAUCUGCACAACCUCUGUGUCACCACUGUAUGGAUGAUCGGCACAGACAGACAGACAGACAGACACACGCCCAGUGGUAAGCUGUCGUAUGAAUUGCUUUGCUGGGUUACAUUUCUGCAGCUGCGUGUAGGGGUGUGUUUCUGAGAUGGCCAGCAACAUUAGGGUUGCAGCUGUGGCAAAGUAGCCGCUCCACCAGUGGCGCUGACCGCCGCCUCACGGCCAGAUGAAGGGCCGUCUCGUCCAUCUGAAAUGUACCCCUUCAUCCAGCCAGCUUAUCUGCGCCUAUGUUGCGUGCGGAAGUAUGUGCAUACGUACUUUUGUUCGGGCGUUCUUGACAUUGAAUGAUGCGUUGAGGAGCAGCAACUCAGCCACCUCCCUCUGCCCAUGCAGCACCGCCGAGUGCAAAGGUGUGCGGCCACCAUUGUCCGUCAGAUCCAGCUUGGCGCCGUGCUCCAGCAGCGUCGCCGCCACAUCCAGCUCGCCCAGCUCCGCUGCGAAAUGGAGGGGCGUGCGGCCCUUGGGGUCACGCAUCUCGAUCUUCGCGUAACCUCUGCAUGGACAAGCAAAGUGAGCAGGAGACACGUGGUUGCGGUGGUAAUGAGGCUGGUUGCCUGAUGAGUGUGAAGCAAGUCUUGACAUUUGCCUUGAAGGUUGCGUGGUGCAGCGGCGCCAUCCCCUCUGCAUCCGGUGUGUCCAGGAAGGCCGAACCCCCAUGCUCCAGCAACAGAUCGAGACACGCCAACCUCUGUCAGUCACACAAACCAUCACCUCAGUGUCGGUAGCUUCAGGCAGCCACUACCUCGGUCGAACAGGCGAUGUGGAUUGGCGUGUAUCCAUUGAGUCUGACAUUAAUGGAGGCAUUGGCAUGGAGCAGUGUCCGCAGGACGUUCACAUUGCCCCUCUCGAUCGCGAGGAUGAGCGCCGUCGCCCCGCGGUGAUCCUUCGCCUCCAGGUUCGCUCCGCCCUCUAUCAGGUGGUUGACCACUCGCGAGCUGCCCUCAAGCACGCCAAGAUGGAGCGCGGUGCGCCCACGCUUUACAUAGACACAUAUAGUCACGAGCAUAUACACUGAAGGAAGAUGGUCAUUUCUUUGUCACCUGGUCCCUUGCUUCCAGGUCAGCUUUGAGUUCGAGCAGUGCCCGGCAGGUCUCGAUCUGCCCGGCGGCCGUCGCCAGGUGCAAAGCCGUCUUCUCUGAUGGAUGGUCAAAGAGACAUAUGUCACUGACACCAAUCGGUAGGUAUGUGCACAUACUUUCCUUGUCCUGUGCAUUGACGUCUGUUCCGAGCCGCUGCAGCUCGAUGAUGAUGUCUCGGUGGCCACACGACGCCUAACACACAAAAAUGACAAACGGGAAGUCCUGUACAUGUGCCUGUCUCACUGCAGACAUUCAGACAUACCGCCCAGUGCAGUGCCGUUCUCCCAUAUCUGUCGAGUGACGUCACAUCUGCGCCCUGCUUGACCAGACUGUCAGAUUACACACAGACACACAGAGCACGGGAGCGCCACUUGCUCGUCGUCCAUGCAUCUCACAGCAGUAUCUGUGGCAGCAGCCCAACCCCAGCCAAAUCAUGCCUGCAGACAACACAACCACCAGAGACCAAUGCCGACAUCCUCUCUGUGUCUUACAGGGCGCUUGUCGCAGCUUCCUCCUUGGCCCCCUCUCUCGCCUUGGUAUCUGCCUGCACAACACACGAGAGAACUGCUGCCAGACACUCACUGGCUGUUGGUUGGUCAGUCACCUUGAAGACAACACCGAGGAACUUCGCCAGCGGUGACGGGGCUGCAGAUCCGUCGCUGCCCUUGUCCUGGGGUGCGCCCUCAUCGGCCUGCUUGCCCUCCUCAUCUCCAACACCAACAUCGCCUUCCUUGCCAGCCCCGGGCCGUAUGUCAGAGAAGAAAACACUCAGCCGCGCCUUUGCAGUGGCGGCUGUCUUGUCGCCCUUGAGAGGGAUGAACAGCUCGGACCUCUCUCCUUCCACCGGGGUCGCCAUCAGCAC